AUGGCUGUUGACGUUGCCCAGGUCCUGACUGAGAUCGGGGGCUUCGGGCCCUUCCAGAUUUGGCUCCUUGUCCUUAUGUGCAUCCCCAACUUCUUAACGGCCUACUUCAUGCUGGCCCAGCCCUUUGUGGUUUUGGAUGAGCCCCACCACUGUGCUGCUGCUAGCCAGGUCCAGAACGAUGGGCCGAACCUGACCGCUGAGGACAGGCUGAAUCUCAGUGUGCCUAGGACUGAGACAGGUGAUUUUGAGUCCUACCUCAUGUAUGCGCCACCCCCAGAAGGCUGGAGCCUUGAUGACAUCUACCAGUACGGCCUCAGUGACACGCAGCCUUGCCAGGAGGGCUGGGAGUUCCCGGAGAAGAAUCCGCUUUCCCUGGAAAAUGAGGUAAGAACUAUAGUAGUGAGGUCAGGGUAUACAAAUAUUCUCAAGGCAGCAAGGGAGUUUGGGACAUUUCAGAGGAGACUGGUGGCCCUCACCUUUAUCCCCAAUAUCCUGUCUGCUCAGCUUAAGAAGCAGCCUCAUCACUGCAGCACCGCUUGGCUUUUGGCCAUUUGACCCCACUUGACUUCGACUGAACUAUUCAACCUGACCCUGCCCAGAAAGACUGAUGGCUCCUUUGAGGAGUGCCGGGUGCGCUCGCUCCAGCGCGACUUUGACUCUGUUGUCAAGUAUGGCCUGAAUGACUGCCCGAGUGGCCGGAUCUACCUCCAACACAGGAAGCGGUCCCUGGCCAAUGAGUUUAACCUGGUCUGUAACAAAGCCUGUGAGCCCUUGAGAGCAUAUUCUGCUUUGGUGGCUGGCCUUCUGUUUGGACCCUUGAUCAUCGGCACCCUAUGUGACAGGAUCGGCCACUAUAAAACCAUUGUGAUCAUGCUGAUGUUCUGUACUGUGUUUGGGUUUCAUACAGCCUUUGUGCCCAGCUUCAGCAUCCAUAAGACCUUCCAGUUUGGCACUGGCAUUGCCAUCAUGGGCUAUGCAAUAAGCAAUGUCUCUUUAGCUACCGAAUGGUUGGCCAUCGCCCGAAGAGCCCACGCCAUCAUCCUUGGGUACUGCUUCUUUGUCCUGGGCCUCUUGAUCCUUUCUGCCCUGGCUUACUCCAUCCCUCAUUGGAGAAUGCUCCAGCUGGCUGGAAGUGCCCCAGUGAUCUUCCUGAUCUCCUAUAACUGGAUUCUUCCUGAGUCCCCAUUGUGGCUGAUAAUGAGAGGAAACAUGGAAAAGGCAAAGUGUGUCCUGUGCACUGCAGCCCUUGUCGACAAGAGAACCGUACCCCCUGCGCUCCUCCGGCAGCUGACCUGUGAGAAGAUCCCCUAUGAAACAGUCCUGGACAUCCUGCAAAGGCCUUGCCUGAGGAAUAGCUCUGAUCCUGACCUAUGGGUGUGGGAAGAGCAUGAGCUUUGGAGUCAAGGGACCCAGUUUAAAAUUCUGACUCCAAUGCUCUUCGGCAAGUGUUUCACUGUCAUGCAUGAGUGCCGUGCUCCUGUGGGUUCCAGAUUCUCCAUCGGUUUCAGUUAUUUACGGCUGAGUUCCCAAGUGCAGAAGCUUCUGAUGAAUGUGCACGGAUCCCAGCUGGCGUUCAGACUGGUGGAGUUGCCUGCCCAUCUCUCUUGCCUCAUCAUCAUGAAGAAGCUGGGGAGGAGAAGUAGCCAGGCCUUUACCCUUCUACUGGGGGGCCUCACAUGCCUGCUCGAUGCCUCCAUUCUCAAUGUGUUAGAAAAGCCCACCCAAAGCAUGGGUCCCUAUUACCAACAGCAGCUCCCACAAAGGUCUCUGUCCCUGACUCCAGCAGCAGAUACAGUGAAAUCUGGGAAGAGUUUUCCAGUGGGCCUCAGCUUCGUGUGUCUAGCCUACGGCAUCAGAACCAUUGGCACCCCACCGAUCGAGGUCCUGGAUCAGGAACAGCCAGAAACAUUCGUGGCUGUCUGUGGAAUGGUGACCACAACUGGGGACUUCCUCCACUUCCUACUCCCUAAAAUUUAG